AUGAAUAAUCUGAUAGCUCCAGAGCCACUCAUAUUAUCAACACCAAGAUCGAAACUGAUUUCGGAUGUAUCUUUACCGGUAACACCCAAUAAGAGACCAAGAACAUUGGAUCCCUUCAGUAAUGGUAAUUUAACACCCUCUAAGAAAUUAGUCAAAUUACAACGUACCGGACUUAAAACGAAUCCUAGAACUGUGAUACCUCAAGUGUUAACAUUCGAUACACCAUUAGAACAUCCAAAUGAAAUGGAUAGUUGCAAUAAUAAGAAUCUUUAUGAUGAUAUAUUAAGUCGUAGGUUACAUUUAGACAACAAGACAACGUCACCAACGUCACCAACUGAUUUAGGGUCAAUUAGCCCUUUAAGUGAUAUCUCUUCCAUUCCAUCAUUAUCUGCAUCAUCUUCACCUGAUAUUGCUGGUUUUGAUAGUAAACUUGAUCCUUUCAAUACGGCAUGUUUCAUGAUGAAUUGGAAUGGUUCUAAAAGUUUAAUAAAUAAUGAAACUUUAGAAUUGAAUAGAAUGAUUAAGACAUCUAUGGGGAGGAGAAGAACAGGAGGAGGGGAUGAUUGGAAACAUUCACCAUGUCAUAGGACGAUUAAACCUAAGAGAUCGAUAUUGAAUUUAGAACAAAGUUCAUUGAAUUUAAUAGUUAGUUCAUCAAGAGGAUCAUUGAAAGACGCUACUAUUUUUGCUACUGAAAUUAAUUCAAGUACAAGUAAUGAGGAUGAUGGGAAUAAAUUACCCAUUAUAUCUAAUAUUUGGGAAAGAAUAACGAUACCUGUGAAUUCGUCAAUUAAAAAAAAGCAUAAGGAAAGGAAAGAACGAUUUUUAAGAGAGAAUGAACUUGAUUUAGAGGAUUUAGAUGAUUCUAAUGGUGACGUUGACGCUGACAUGGAUGAAUCUAUACCUGAUGCUGCUUUAAUUAGAGGAUAUGAUUUUAAGUAUUUGAAUGGUAAAUCAGGUAAAGGUAGAAAUGUCAAGGCGAAUACAUUAGAUCGGAACAAAAGUGUUAAUUGGGCAACCCCUUUAGCACAAUAA